AGGCGGUGACGUCUCCACUCGGGGCGGAGCCGCAGCUUCGCUGGGAGGAGGCCUGGCGCCGGCGGUGACGUCCCAAAAGGCGGAACCGUAUCCGAGAAUUCAGGCACGUAGCUCAGCGCGGCAGCGGUGCUUGCGUCUGUGUCCCUGCGCGAAUCUCCUGGUCUCUCUGCCAUCAUGCCGAUGUUCAUCGUAAACACCAACGUGCCCCGGGCUUCUGUGCCGGACGGGUUCCUCUCCGAGCUCACCCAACAGCUGGCGCAGGCCACCGGCAAGCCGCCCCAGUACAUCGCAGUGCACGUGGUCCCGGACCAGCUCAUGGCCUUUGGCGGUUCCAGCGAUCCGUGCGCGCUCUGCAGCCUGCACAGCAUAGGCAAGAUUGGCGGCGCGCAGAACCGCUCCUACAGCAAGUUGCUGUGUGGCCUGCUGGCCGAGCGCCUGCGCAUCAGCCCGGACAGGUAUGCUGGGGCGCGGAGGGGCCGCGGCGCGAGGGGCCAGUGGUGGUGGGGGUGGCGGCGGUGGUGCCGGGCCGGGGACUGAGCCGCCCGCUGAGUCUCGCCUCCUCCCCCUGCAGGGUCUACAUCAACUAUUACGACAUGAACGCCUCAAACGUGGGCUGGAACAACUCGACCUUCGCCUAAGAGCCGCGCCCCGCCUCUCCCCGCGCUGUCUGCACUGGCCCAACCCGGGAACCCACCUCACCCUGUAUUCUAGGCCCGCCCGCCUCCACCUUCUGGUGGGGAGAAAUAAACGGUUAGAGAAA